CAUGCCUGCCAAGGUUUGGACUAGAGACGGGAACAUACGGGAUGUUUACGGGAACGGGAGAGUUGACAGGAAGCAGGUGAGGAUGAGCGAGGAGCAGACGGUGUCUCUGGUGGACGUUCUGGAGGAGGAUGAGGAGCUGGAGGAGGAAGCUUCGGCUGUGCUGGCAGGAAGUGAUUCCGAUCACUGCUCCUAUCCUCAGGGCUACGUGAAGCGGCAGGCGCUAUACGCCUGCAACACCUGCACGCCGCAGGGCGGCGAGGCCGCUGGCGUCUGCCUGGCCUGCUCCUACACCUGCCACGAAGGUCAUGACCUCUUCGAGCUCUACACCAAGAGAAAUUUCCGCUGUGACUGUGGAAACAGGAAGUUCUCUGAGCUGCAGUGUAAACUACAUCCUGAGAAGGACGACACCAACAGUCUGAAUAAAUACAGCCAUAACUUCUUCGGCCUCUACUGCACCUGCCCGCCGUACCCCGACUCUGACGACCAGGUGGAGGAUGAGAUGAUCCAGUGUGUCGUCUGUGAGGACUGGCUGCAUGGCAGGCACCUGGGCUGUGCGGUUCCUGACUGUGUGGAGAUGCAGGAGAUGAUCUGUGAGUCCUGCAUGAACCAACAUGUUUUUCUCUGGGCCUACGCUGCUCACCUCGCAGUGCAGGGUCCAGCGCUGCAGACCAAGGACGAGAAGGGAGAGGCCAGUGUCCCUAAAAAGGAGGACAAGGGCGACCAGGUCGUGGAGCCCAGCUGUAAACGCAGCCGGCAGGAGGCGGAGCCGAGCUGCAGGCUGAAGGCGCUGCAGGAAGCGUGUCAGAAGACGGACCAAUCAGGAGCCGUGUUCUGGCCCUGGUGGCGCUCCAGGCUCUGCUCCUGCUCCACCUGCCAGGUGCAGCUGGCUGACGCUGGACUGUCCUUCCUGCUGGACGAAGCGGACACCGUCCUCGCCUACGAGAACAAAGGAAAAACCAACGAGCAGAAACAGCAGGGACACGACCCGCUGAUGUCCGCACUGGACAACCUGAACCGGGUCCAACAGCUCGAGAUCAUCCACGGCUAUAACGACAUGAAAACUGAACUGAAGGACUUCCUGCAGACGUUUGCAGCUGAAGGAAAGGUCGUGACCUCUGAUGACAUCCGUCAGUUCUUCGAGCAACAGAGUCGUAAACGUCGUGCGGACUCUGGACCGUUCUUCUCCUGAUGGCUCCUGGGAAAAACUCAACUUGUUCUUCAGUUUUCUACUUUCUGAAUUUGUUGUUUCAGAUGUUUUUAAGCUGAAUGUCUCUUACUUUCAUCUUUGUGUUUUCUUACUUGUAAGAAUAAAAGUUACGCUGAGCAUUAAA